AUGUUGAUCUUCUGGUCUCUUCUCUUGCCCUCGUCAUUGGUGUACGCUGAGUUCGGUGGGAGCGGUCUUCCGAGGGCAAUAUGGGAGGAGAAUUCGGAGCACGAUCAACCGCUUUUGCACAACUUGCCGCGUCAAGCCUUGAAUGUUGUUGGAGGGCACCCUCGGCUUUUCGCCUCCGGUGAUCAGUGGGACGGCCUGGAAGCUCGGAUUGCGAACGACAGCUAUCUGCAAACGUGGCACAAGGCCAUCAUCGACCAGGCCAACAUCUUCUACGACGACGCAGUUGUCCCUUACCCAGACGAUUGCGAUGUCAGCGUGGGUUGUACCCUAGAGGUUGCCAGGUAUAUUCAGUUGAGGGUCAAGCACUGGGCAUAUGCCUACCUUUCGACAAAGGACAACAAAUGGGUCAAUCGAACAUGGGAAGAGAUUCAACACGCCUCAGGAAACUCCUCCGACUAUUUUGGCGUGCCGGGUGAUAACUGGAAUUCGAGACACUUUCUCGACACGGCCGAGUUCACGGCGGCAUUUGCCUAUGCAUACGACUGGCUUUAUGAUGCAUGGACACCUUCACAGCGUGAUGCUAUCAUGUGGUCCAUCAUCUCACUGGGACUACAAAAAGGCAUUGACGCAUUUGCCGAUCCAGGAGUUGGUUGGUGGCGGACCGCGCGUGGAAACUGGAAUUGUGUGUGCAAUGGAGGCUUGCUCCUCGGAUCCCUCGCCGUUUACAACGAAGAUCCAACGGGGACCGCGGCCAAGCUUCUCUCUCAGACGAUUGCAAACGCGCAGCAAAGCUGUGCUCAGGCCAUCAGUAGCGACGGAUCCUGGCUGGAGACGCCUGAUUACUGGUAUUUUGGUAUUCAGUCAUUCGCUCAAAUUGCGGCCGCUCUCAUCAGCGCAACUGGCUCCGACCAAGGAAUGCUCUCGGUAAAUCCGGCCGUGAACAAGACCGGAUUGUUCCGUAUCUACAACCAGGGUAUGGUUGACAAGUUCAACUAUGGUGACUGUGGACCAGAAAAGAUCACUGCUACUGCCAAUGCUCUCAUGUUUUACGGCCAACAUCUAGACAAACCCAGGUGGACCCUAUUCCAACGCGAUGAAGCCGACGCCGCGGACCCUUUGAGUAUGUUCUGGUAUGAUACAACAACCACGUCGGCGCAGUGGUCCGAAGACCUUGAGCUGGACCGUUACUUCUCUUUUGUCAAUACUUCAUGGGCGUCGAUGCGAUCUAGCUGGACGGAUCACAACGGGUUGUUUGUGGCAAUGAAAGCUUCCGUCCUGACUGGCCAUCAAACACAUGGAGAUCUCGACGCUGGUGACUUUGUUCUCCAUGCCCUGGGAGAACGUUGGGUUGGUCAGCUAUGUCAAAACGACUACAACGGACCUGGAUACUUUAAGAGUGAAGACCAAGAUAGCCCGCGCUGGACAUACUACAGGUGCGGCACCGAGGGCCAGAACACCCUCCUCUAUGGCGGCACCAACCAACUCGUGGAUGGAGUUCCAGUGACUACAUUUGGUUCGACUCGCGAUGUCGAAUCCUCGUCUAUUCCAUCUUCGAGCACGGCGUUCUACAUUGCCGAUCUCACAUCGUUCACCGAGGCGGGCUCGAUCAAACGAGGCAUGAGAUUGCUUGACGGACGCCAAAGAGUUCUGAUCCAAGACGAAAUCGUCAACCCGGGAGCAUCAAGUCAAUGGAGGGUGCACACGAACGCAACUAUCGUGCUGACCGACGACUCGAAGCAAGCUCGUCUGACCCUCAACAACAAAACGGUGGUGGCGGAAAUCACCUCCCCGGGCGAUCUUGUCUUCACCACUCUCCAAGCGGUUCGCGCCGCAUCAGAUCCGCCCCUUCCUGACGGAGGCAGCGAUCUACCGAAUACCGGCGUGACGGUCCUUGCAAUUGACGUUCCGCAAGGAAACCAGACCGUGUCCGUGGUUUUUACGCCGCUCUGGACGAAUGAUACGGCGACAAGCGCACCUAAACAGGUUCCGCUCAGUGCUUGGAGCUUGAAGUCCCACAACCCUCCUCCAACAUCGGGGUCUGGGACGAGUGGUGACGGGGAUGGAGGCGGGAGAGACAAUGGAACCAGCACACAGAAUGGAACCGACACACCAACUGGAAACGGCGGCACCCAGAAUGGAACCAACACACAGAACGGGAGCGGAAACGGGGAAAACGCCAAAAACUCGGCACACCGGGACUCACACAACACGAAUUUACUCUCUGUGCUGAGCGUCGUCUUCGCGUUGGCGUUGGGCGGAUAUUUCCUCCCAUCUAUAGACACCAUAUAA